GUCUAUGACUCCUUGAUAAUCCAGUUAAGCAAGAGGAUGGGCCUAUAUCAGCAGAUUGUGAAAAGGUUCAAGUUUCUCUCAGAAUUGAACAAAUCGGAAUUUGAUGAGGACAGUAUCAAACUUAUAAUAUCGCAUUACAAAGACGAUAUUGACCACAAAUUAAUAAAUGAGUGUUAUCAGUUCAAAGGGCAUUUACACCUUAGAAAAUCCCGGAACACAGAAGAAAACAUACCAUCUAAAUUGCAAUGCACAGAAGUUCUUCAGCUUAUGUAUGAGCAUCAAUUAAUUGAAGUGUCCCCUAAUAUUACCACUGCGCAUAAGAUGUACUUGACAAUGCCCAUCACGAGCUGUGAAGCAGAAAGGAGUUCCUCAAAGCUAUUCUUUAUAUAGAAAUGGCAUUCACUGAAAGAGAAAAGGCAUUUUGUGUGUUGGAGUAUGCUCGAACACAGUCGAACAAAACUGUGCAGCAUGCAUUUAUGAGAGGGUUCUCUAAAAAGUCAUCGAGAGCAAUGCAAAUAUGGACAUAGCACAAAGAAUUCAAAGAGGAAGGCUGUCCGUGCAGAGCAAAAGGAUGUGGACGAUCACUAACGUCUGAAGAGACAGUCGAGCGAGUUCGCUAAAAACUCUUGUAAAGCCCCAAGAAAUUCAUAAGAAGAACAAGUUUGGAAACCCAGAUUGCUCCAACGAUAGUUUCCUGAGGAAACGUUUGCUAAUGAAACCCUACAAGCUGCAGCUCGUUCAGACCAUGACAGCAGAGACUGUUACGUAAGACAUGCUGUAGCAUGUUUAGGAGGAGCUGGACAACCGACUUGACGUGUGCCGUAUCUCAGGCAGUGUGCAUAUUGAACAUUUGUGAGAUCGUUCAUGGAAUCCAUAUACCUUUGGAUUCCUCAUUCAAAUUUGGAGGAAUAAAUCAUAUGUUG